CUUAUCUCUCUCUCUCUCUCUCUCUCUCUUUUUGAAAGAAUCUUAUCUAUCUCUUUUACUAAGCAAACGCUCCACACAUAUUUCCACAUGGGGAAUGUCGGGUAUGUUAUUUGGGCUUGAAACUAGGCCUAUUUUUGGUGUUUGUUUGGGGCUCUCUUUGCUUUUUGGGCUCUCCUUCACUUUUGGUUGAUUGAGUCUAAUGGUAAUUUUCUCUCACUUUUAUUCUCAACGAUGACGCACAUCGCCAUAGUCCUACUCACAGGAAAAUAUCAAGUGUGGAGGGAAAAACAGAAGAGUGGCCGCGCAAUUGAUCAUGGAAGAGCUUAAGCUAUUUGAUCAUUGAACGAUUAUCGGCUACAAUUUCCAAACGAAAACCAUCAAUGGGGGCAACAUUAUCGUCAAUGGAGGCGUGAGGUCAUGGAGAGUGGCUUUUAUCACUCUGAGAGACAAAAGCCUAACGAGCCCUCCUUCCAUCCCUCAACUUGUCCAAUCACUAAUCUUCUCUCACUCUCACUCUUCUUUCAUCUCUGCCGCCCCCGACUCCCUUCGUACGAGGUGACUUCCGAUCUAUUAUUGCUUAUUCAUCUUGUUGCCAAUGCCUCCCAGUUUCAACAAGAUUUGAUCCCCACCUUUUCCAACACCUGCCACUUGAUCCAUGAUGUCAGUCGUCGAGUUUCUCUCGAUAUGAAUUCCUCAUUGUGGACUCUGCUUCUCGACUCGUUUGGCAAAACGACGGAUUUUUUUCUUCACAAAGCAAUCUCUAAUGCUGCUUUGUAUAAACCAGUUUUGCAAUGCUUAGAAACUCUCAGAUAUCUUGUCUGUGAAAAUCAACGAAAAUGCUCUCUGUCGGAUGAUAUUCAGUUGGUCAAUUUUCUUAUCCAUGUCAAUGCACGUUCCCACUUGGAUUUGAUCUCCUUGUAUCGUCCAAGUGGCUAUCAAAAGAGUGCUGUUGAAAUGGGAAAGAAAUUACCCCGAUAUGGUAGUGUAUGGGAAGUUCAAACUGUUGCCUUUACUAUUCUUGGUGAAGUAUAUUCAAGGACUGGUUCUUCUUUUCCGGUUGAUAUGUGGCAAUCAACUAUUCAGGUUCUUAGGAAGGUGAUGGACUUAUUAGCAUCCAAGAAUUUGGUUGUUGAAGACAUUGUCAUGUUGAGGUGUCUAGUUUUGUGGCAUACUUGCGAAUGUUUUUUGUUUAUGGCCUUACUAGCCAACCCCAACUCGUGUGCUGCUAUUGGUUGCAAGGAGAAAGAACCUGGUUCACUGAGUCUUAAGUUGACUUCAGAAGAGCCUAAAAGAACAAAUAAUACUUUGUAUAGGCCUCCACACUUGUGCAAAAAGGAUGGUUUAACUAUAAGGCGGGCUAAAGCUCAGGAUCCUCAGAGUUCUUCUGAUUAUGAUUCUUCUAUUGUUGAUAUUACAUUGUCAGAUUCUGAUUACAGUGACAAUGAUGGAUCACUUAAAGAUAUUAAUAGUUCUCGGUGCUCAAAGGUUAGAAUAUCUGCCAUUGUUUGUGUACAGGAUCUUUGUCAAGCUGACCUCAAAUCCUUUACAUCUCAAUGGACAAUGCUUUUGCCUACCAAUGAUGUACUACAACCAAGGAAAUUUGAAGGCACUCUGAUGGCAUCCUUACUAUUUGAUCCUUACUUAAAGGCACAGAUGGCAUCGGCCUCAGCUCUCGCUGUCAUGAUGGAUGGGUCUACUACUGUUUUUCUUCAGUAUGACUGGUAUUUUAUACUUAAUUCAACACGAAACUAAUAGUCGGUUGCUGUUGUUGGUAUUCAAGAUUUUUAUGCUUUUGAUAUCAUGCACACCG